AUGAAUGGCGACCGAGCGAGACCAAGUCUUUAUCACAAAACGAACAGACGACGCAAGUCAAUAGCAUGGCAAUAAAACUUGAACGAAUCAUGAUGAUGAUCUUUUUAUGAUUAUAAAUUUUAACAAUUAGUAAGAAAUACUGUGAUUCAAACACAAAACUAGCGAUAAAACUAUGACAUGUACAGAGCACGUCUGAACACGGCUCUGCUCGAUAAUAAUAAUAAUAAUAAUAAUAAUAAUAAUAAUAAUAAUAAUAAUAAUAAUAAUAAUAAUAAUAAUAAUAAUAAUAAUAAUAAUAAUAAUAAAAACAACAACAAAAGAACCUGAAACUUGAAACAAAAAAACUUGAAAGCUGAGACUGAAGCACUUCUGUGUGCUGCACAAGAACAAGCUCUAAGGACAAAUUAUGUAAAGUUUCACAUAGAUAGGACUGUUGAGUCUCCACUCUGUAGACUUUGUGGGGAAAUUGGAGAGCAUAUAACACACUUGAUAAGUGAAUGCAAGAAGCUAGCACAAAAAGAAUACAAACGAAGACAUGACAAUGUGGCUCGCAUUGUACACUGGAAGCUAUGUGGUUUGUACCAACUAGAGAAAGCUGAAAAAUGGUAUGAACACCAACCAAACGGAGUAAUUGAAUCAGAUAAUGUAAAGAUUCUCUGGGAUUUUAACAUACAGUGCGAUCAUGCGAUUGAAUGUCGAAGACCUGAUAUUGUAGUGGUUUUAAAGAAGGAAAAGGAAUGCAAGAUCAUAGACAUCGCAGUUCCAGGGGACUGUAGAAUUGGUAUAAAAGAAACAGAGAAGGUAGAAAAGUAUGAGGAGUUGAAAAGGGAAAUUCGGAAAAUAUGGGCAAUGAAAAAAGUUGAAGUCAUUCCAAUAGUAGUGGGUGCCUUAGGAGCAGUUAGUAAUAAACUGGAUAAGUGGAUUGAGAAAUUGGGAAAACAUAUAAGAAUAGAAUUUCUACGAAAAACAGCAUUGUUAGGGACGGCAAGAAUACUGAGAAGAAGCUUGGAAAGCUAA